AUGGGUCUGGGAUGGAAUGUUGAUGUAAAAUGUGGAGUUCAUAAUCAUGGAUUACCUGAUAGAUUAGAAGGCCAUGUCUUUGUUGGUAGGUUGAACACAUAUGAGAAACAGCAUGUUGUUGAUUUGACAAAGAGACAUGUUCUACCUAGACACAUCUUGAUCUCGUUGAAAGAGCGAGAUCCUGAGAAUGUCACUCGAAUCACACAAGUAUAUAAGCACAAGAGUGUAAUAGAAAAAGAGAUUAGAAGUCCAAGAAGUGAAAUACAAUAUUUGCUUAAGCUUAUAGAGGAUGCAAACGUUUACUGGAGUAGAAAAAGAGAUGACUCUGAAGUUGUGAGAGAUAUUUUUUCGGCUUAUCCAGAUUAG